GAUGCGACAUUUGGGGCUGUAAAUAUGUCUGUCCUCCAGCCUUGUCCAAAGGGACAUUACUGUCCUAAAGGAGCUGGUAUUGCCAAACAAUUUCCAUGCCCUGCCGGCACUUAUAACCCCCGUGAGCUCAUGGACAGUCAAAGUGACUGUCUGUUGUGUCCGUCAGGACAUUACUGUCCAGAUGUUGGACUUGAAGAACCUACAGGACUGUGUUUGGCUGGUUUCUGGUGCAGAGAGGGCUCCUAUUCACCCAGUCCUAUGGAUGGUUCUACAGGCGCCCCAUGCCUAGCUGGUCACUACUGUCCUAAAGGCACUGCCAGUCCUAUGCCCUGUCUGGUGGGAACGUGGUCUAAUAGUACAGGACUAAGUAGUGCUGAGGAGUGUCAGUCAUGCCCUGGAGGGUUUUACUGUGCCUCUAGCGGUCUGAAAGAACCCAGUGGACUCUGCUCAGAUGGGUUUUAUUGUGCUGAGAAAGCUGAGACUCCCACUCCCACUGAUGGGGUCUCCGGCCACAUCUGUCCAGUGGGUCACUACUGUCCUCCAGGAACCACUCACCCUGUUCCAUGUGAUCCUGGGACUUUUGUAACCGUCACUCAAGCCUCCCAGUGCUGGCCCUGCACAGCUGGCUGGUACUGUGUGGAUGGAGCCCGGCUGCUGUGCCCAGCUGGUUUCUAUUGUCCUGAAGGCACAGGGUAUGACUGGAGGCCUUGUCCAGCAGGGACAUACAGUCCUGACUCUGGUUUGAGUUCCCUCUCUGAGUGUAGGGAAUGUGUUGGAGGACACUACUGCUCUCUUCUGAGCUCCACCUCUGUCACAGGAGAAUGCUCUGAGGGAUAUUACUGUGUGCAUGGGAACAUCUCACCUCAACCUCACACGCAGUCUGCAGGAGCAGGAGGACCUUGUCCUGUGGGUCACUUUUGCCCACAAGGCACCACUCAACCUCAGCCUUGUCCAGAAGGCACUUUCAGUAAUAAAACCAAACUGAUCAAAGUGGAAGAGUGUUUGUCAUGUUCUGCUGGUCAUUAUUGUGGCAUAUCUGGGCUGACUUCACCCAGCGGAGAAUGCUGGGAAGGUUUUUACUGCAAACAGGGAGCCGUACUCCCCAACAGCCCAAUCAACGAUCACAGAGGAGGACCGUGUCCGACAGGUUAUUUUUGCUCUAGAGGCUCCAGCGCUCCUCAAAUCUGCCCAGAAGGAUCCAUCAGCAGUAGAGAGCGACAGGACAGCUGCAGCCUGUGUCCCCAGGGUUACUACUGUCCUGCCUAUGGUUCCUCUUCUGAGGGCAUUGAAUGCCCAGUAGGCCAUUAUUGCCCUACGGGCACCCAUCUCCAAAAUCAGCACCCCUGUCCAGCAGGGACUAUUAAUCCACAUUCAAGGAUGACCAGCCGUGAAGACUGUUUUCCCUGCCCUCCAGGUUUCUUCUGCCAGUCUCCUGGACAGAGUGCUGUGUCUGGACCGUGUGCAGCUGGACACUUUUGUCUCUCAGGAGCCGUGUCCCCCACACCCGUGGAUGGAGUGACAGGUGGUAAAUGUCCUCAAGGACACUACUGUCCCGUAGGGUCCUCAUUCCCUGAGCCUUGUCCACCAGGCCGCUAUAGCAACAGCAGCCAGAACACUAAGCUGUCUGACUGUCUGCCCUGCCCUCCAGGAUCUGCUUGUUCCAGUAGGGGUCUCUCCUCCCCUUCUCAUGUGUGCCAGAUAGGCUACUACUGCCCACAUGGUCAAAAUUCCAGCCAGCCUGCCGACUACAUCUGCUCACCUGGACAUAUGUGUCCACCUGGCAGACCUACCCAGAUCCCCUGCCCCCUUGGGACUUUCCAGAGCCUCCUGGGGCAGGCAGAAUGUUCUGUGUGUCCGGCUGGAUAUUUUUGUGCUGGUUCAGACACAGUAACAGAAGGAACCUCUAUACCUGUGCCAUGUCCUAGGGGAUAUUACUGCCCUGCAGGCUCAGAGUCCGGAGUGAGCUUCCCCUGCCCUGUGGGCACUUUUAAUGGCCAGUUAGGCCUGUCCAGGGAGGAUCAGUGUGUCCCCUGCCCCCCUGGUAAAUACUGCAGCUCCUCUGGCCUGGACACCCCUACGGGCAACUGUUCUCCAGGUUAUGUUUGCAACCUGGGUGCCUCGCUCUCAGAGCCAGUUGGAGAUUCCACGGGAGGAAGAUGCACAGCUGGCUUCUAUUGCCCACCGGGUGCCAGCCAUAUGGAGCCCUGUCCUCUGGGCACAUUUGGCUCAUUAGAAGGAGCAGCAUCUGUAGUGGUGUGUCAGUCGUGCACACCAGGACAGCACUGUGCAGAACCAGGGCUGAGUUCACCCUCUGGACCCUGUAGUCCUGGAUACUACUGUAUUCAAGGAUCACACACCCCUACGCCUCAGUACUACAACAACACAGAUGGUGAAGAACCUGGGGCUUGUACAGCGGAGGAUGUCCGUUCUCAGAUUCAGUUCAUUGGGGAUCUCUGUCCUGCAGGGCACUACUGCCCGAUUGGCAGUGCACGACCAGAAGCCUGCCCACCAGGUUCAUUCCUGGGCCAGCGUGGUGGUGUGUCUGAGACAGAGUGUCAUCCAUGUACCCCUGGAUUCUACUGUCCAGACUGGGGUCAGAGCUCUGCAGAGCUCCGCUGUCCUGAGGGCAGCUUCUGUCCGGCAGGUUCUGUAACAGGACAUCAACCUGACCGUCAGUGUCCGUCUGGUCACGCAUGUCCGUAUGGCAGCGUCAAGCCUGCCAUCUGUUCGCCUGGUACUUAUCAGCCUCUGCCAUCCCAGCCUUCCUGUCAACCAUGCCCACCAGGUUUAUACUGUAUGGAGGGUUGCACCACCCCGCUUCCCUGCCCUCCAGGCACUGCGAAUAUGAUUGAGGGGUUGCAAUCACAGCUGGAUUGCUCUCCAUGUCCUCCUGGAUUCUACUGUAACACCAGCGCACUAAUCAGCCCCUCCGGACCCUGCUCCGCGGGUCAUUUCUGCUCAUCUGGGGCCACAGAGCCUGCCCCAGUCUCUCAGAUGUAUGGAGAUAUAUGUCCGGCAGGAUAUUACUGCCCUGAGCAGAGCAGUGCUCCGUUACCCUGUCCUGUUGGUUUUAUUCUCCAGGACAAAGGGGGCACCUCCUCUAAUGACUGCUCCCCUUGCCCUCCAAGCAGAUAUUGCAUUGCACCAGGCUCCUCUCAGCCCUCAGGGUUUUGCGCUCCAGGUCAUUAUUGCGUUGGAGGUGCAGAUACUGCCAUACCUCAGGCCACAUUUUCUCAGAGGACCUGUUUUUGUGACCUCAUAUCUUUAUCCCACCUCCAAAAGUAUGAUCUUUGCCUUCUGAAGCACAACAUAACCUGUUCAAUUCACAUUCCAGGAGAUGAUGCCGGAGUCUGGGAUGACCUGGAUCCCAGACCUCUAUUCGAUUUAUCCGAGUCUGAGGGUUAUUCAGAAUUACGCCUACAAAUCACAGAAUCAUGUACUGGUUUCAAAGGGGACCUGUGUCCUACAGGGUCUUAUUGCCCAGUGGGUUCGUCUCUUCCCCAGCCCUGUGAUUCGGGCUCUUAUUGUAAUCAGACUGGCCUGCACACUCCUGUAGGCCUCUGUUUGGCUGGAUUCUUCUGCCCCACAGGAUCCUCAAAUCCUAGUGCUGUGCUUUGUCCUCCUGGACACUACUGUCCCCGAGGCACACCACUACCCCUGCCCUGUCCACAAAGCACAAUGUGUAGAUCUGCUGGUGCAUCCGGUGUAGAAGGUUGCCUUGAAUGUCCACCGGGAUAUUUCUGUGAGCGAAGAGGCCUAACUGAGCCCUCUGGUCUGUGCUCUGAGGGCUAUUACUGCCCUGGAGGACAGAACACAUCCAGACCACCUGAGUAUGUGUGUGGUGCAGGCCACUUUUGUGAAAGGGGCAGCAUCAUGGAGAGGCCAUGUUUCCCAGGUAGCUUUCAGCCCAGUCUCGGUCAGCAUAGAUGUGAACUGUGCCCUGUCUCCUUUUUCUGCCCUGAGAACGGUAUGACACACCCAUUCCCAUGUCAGCCUGGAUUUUAUUGUCCAAUCGGAGCAUCCAGUCAACAUCCCUGUCCUCCAGGGAGUUAUGGGAACCGGUCUGGAUUGGCUGAGUCUUCUGAAUGCUCUCAAUGUGACCCUGGGACCUAUUGUAUAGGGUCAGGGGAUGUGUCACCAACUGGCCCUUGCAGUGCUGGAUUCUUGUGUUUUGGAGGAGCCGUCACUCCCUCCCCAAAUGAUAAUGAGACUGGAAUACCAUGUCCAUCUGGAUCGUAUUGUCCAGCCGGAAGUUUUGCUGCAAUACCUUGUCCCAAGGGCACAUUUAGCAAUCUGUAUCAACUAUCCAACAUAAGUCAGUGCCAAAACUGUACACCCGGGUUUUAUUGCUCAGAACCAAGCCUGACCUCAGUCAGUGGACCCUGCUUAUCAGGGUUUUACUGCAGUGAGGGAUCUCCGACUCCAGCUCCUCUGUCAGCCGUUUAUGGCGAUAUUUGUCCUCCUGGUCACUAUUGUGAGAUUGGUAGCGCUGUGCCAACUCCCUGUCCAGUGGGCAGCCAGCGCUCUGAUAGCGGGGGAAAGGGCACAGAUGAUUGCAUGCCUUGCCCUGGAGGUCAGUUUCAGGAUCAGAGGGGGCAGAGCAAGUGUAAACCCUGUCCUCCUGGUUUCCACUGCAUCAACCUCACAAGCGGCUCUACGGGGGUCAGCACUCCUUUGGUCUGUCCUGAAGGCUUUUACUGCCCCAAUGAGACUCAGCCUAGAAACCCAGUUCCAUGUCCCAAAGGCACAUACAGUGAUUCUCUAGGCCUCAUUUCAGCAGAGCAGUGCCUGGUGUGCCCUAUGGGAUAUUUCUGCGGUUCAGAUGGUCUCUCCAAGCCCUCUGGGCCCUGUGCCCCUGGAUUCCUCUGUUUUGUACAAGCAACAGUUCCUAACCCCACUGACAACAGCACUGGCACUAUGUGUCCACCUGGGGCAUACUGCCUUCUGGGAAUAAGAGCAGGUGAAUGUUCUGCAGGCUACUUCUGUGACUGGGGCUCCAGCAGUCCUGAGCAGAGUCUCUGUCCUGCUGGUUUCUAUUGCCCCGCAGGCACACACAAGCCCCUGGCCUGCACUGCAGGCACUUUCAGCUUCGUCAUGGGCAACAGCCACAGAGAAAACUGUGAUCCGUGUCCAUUAGGCUACUACUGUCCGGGGGAAGCAGUAUCAGAGCCUCUUCCAUGUCCACUGGGACAUUUCUGCCCCAUGGGCACAUCACAGGGCACUCAGUUUCCCUGCCCUCCAGGAACAGUGCAGCCACAGUCUGGGACAGCUAGUAUGGAGGAUUGUCUACCGUGUCCUGCAGGCAUGUUUUGUGCUCGCCAUGGCCUUUCAGAGCCUACAGGGCACUGCCAGGAUGGAUAUCACUGCCCUUCGGGUGCCACGAGCCCUGAUGGCACUGGAAACAUGAUGGAAUCUACAGGCAACAACAUGUGCCCGCCUGGCCAUUAUUGCCCGGCUGGUAUCAGCUCUCCUCUCCCCUGCCCCGCCGGAACAUUCUCCAGCUCCCCAGGGUUGAGUGGGGCAGAGCAGUGCCAGCCGUGUCCUCCCGGGUACUUCUGUGAGCAGACUGCUAUGAUCCAUCCAUCAGAAGCAACUCUCUGUGAUGCUGGAUAUGUUUGUAUGAACGGCAGUCGUAGUGCUCGACCAGUAGAUGGACUACAGGGUUAUAUUUGUCCGAGCGGACACAGUUGCCCCAUCGGAGCUCCAUUGGAAAUGCCAUGUAAGCCUGGCACAUAUAGCAGUGCUCCUGGCGCCGCCCACUGUCUCUCAUGCCCUGCUGGCACUAUGUGUCCUUCCCCUGGCACACAGGAGCCUUCUCCAUGUCCCAUGGGUCAUUUUUGCCCUGUUGGCACUGCUGCAGCUGUACCCUGCCCUGUGGGCACACUGGGACAGGUUACAAGGGCUCAGUCAGAGGCUGCCUGUGUGCCCUGCCCUACUGGCCUCUACUGCAGUUCACCUGGAACAUCACAACCACAGGGCCAGUGCCAGCAGGGUUAUUUCUGCCAAGGAGGGUCUCCAAAUCCUGCACCUCUGAAUACGACUGGCUACCUCCGGAAUGGCCCCUGCCCACGUGGUCAUUUUUGCCCUUCUGGGACCCUAAUGCCUCUGCCCUGCCCAGCAGGCAGCAUUCGUAACCUCACCGGGGGUUACUCCAUAGAAAGCUGUCUUCCUUGCCCAGCAGGGCAUUAUUGUGCCAGCGAGGGCCUGAAUGCUCCAACUGGGCCCUGUGCUGCUGGCUUUUACUGCCCCAUAGACUUCUCCUCCACCACCCCACACGCCUUCCUAUGCCCUAAGGGUCAUUAUUGUUCUUUGGGUUCACCCCUGGCCUUGCCAUGCCCCACGGGACAGUACCAACCGAAUCCAGGCUCGGAUAACUGCAUCCCCUGCCGUCCAGGCUAUUACUGUGAGGAGGCAAUUAUUGGAGACCCCCGGCCAUGCCCGCCACAUUCCUACUGCCCUGCGGCCACAAUGGUUCCUCAGCCUUGUCCAAAUGGCACAUACACCCCACCUGAGGUCAGGGGUCUGCAGGAGGAGAGAGAGUGUUUGCCGUGUCCACCAGGAAAGUUCUGCAAGGCUGGACAGGUCAAAGGUCUGUGUGCUGCUGGAUUUGUGUGCAUCUCUGGCAGUUCAGAGUUCACCCCUCAGGCGGCUUUUCUUCUCAACAGAGACCAGUGUGAGUGGGGAGCGCAGUGUGCUGGACCAUGUCCCGCUGGCUUUUAUUGCCCUGAAGGUACUGAGGAACCUUUAUCUUGUCCUGCCAACACUAUAAGAGAAACCCCUGGAGCAAGUGCUAUACGUAACUGUUUGCUUUGUCCUCCAAGACAAUGGUGUUUAGAGGGUGAACCCAUCCCACGCUUGUGUCCACCAGGCUAUUACUGUGAUGGCAUAGCUGAUUAUGAGUCUGAGGGGCGGCCCGGGCCCAGACAAUGUCCCCCGUUCACAUACAGGCCCACAUCUGGGGCAGGGAGCAAGGGAGACUGUCUCACCUGCCCACCUGGCACUUUUUGUAACUCCACAGGGCUCACUGAUUUCUCAAGCUUCCUUUGCCCACCGGGUCAUUGGUGCAGUGGGACAGGUUUCCCAGUGCCCUGUCCUGCAGGCACUAUGAGGGCACAGGCCGGGGCAGCUGCUGUCAGCCAGUGUGAACUUUGCCCUCCUGGAACCUACUGCCCAGACCCUCGCACCACAGGCCAGCCUAAUACAGCAGGCAUCCCAUGCCGAGCUUCUUAUGAAUGUCCUGCAGGCUCAGUGACAGAGAUCCCUUGCAGAGCUGGUUCAUACUGUAGACCCCAGACAGGAGAGCCCAGACCGUGUCCAGCAGGAUACUACUGUCCUGAAGGAUCUCACACCUACAGCUCACCGAAGCAAGUAUGUACUUUUCCACAUUACUGUCCAGCCCACAGCUCUGCUAUGCUGUCCUGUCCGGACGGCUGGAUGCCGCUGAACACCAGUGGACUGAGGAAGUCUCAGGAGAGCAGCUGUGUGCUGUGUGGGGCCGGCACCUAUCGGCCUCGUUGGUCCCCUCACCUCCAGUGUCUCCUCUGCCCUCCAGGAUAUCACUGCCCUCCGGGCUCACACUAUUAUAGUGAUCGAUCCUGUCCAGUAGGGUAUGUUUGUCCACAAGGCAGCUCUGAGCCUGUUCCCUGCCCGCCUGGAUCAUAUGGAAACCGCACUAGUGCAGAAUCACUUGAGGAAUGUCACAAAUGCCCACCAGGCACCUUCAAUCACUUGCACGCCCAGAGAGCCUGUUUCCCCUGUGGGAGUUCUUCCACCUCAGAUGCAGGGGCGUCCUCUUGUACCUGCAUAGGCAAAAACCGUGCGUUUCAGCAGUCGGAUGGGUCUUGCUUGUGUAAGACCAGUUUUGUCUUCUACAAUCAAUUGGACUUAAAAAGCUUCAAUACAGAUAGUGAACUGGACUGUCAGCCUGAGGUAAAGAAGCGCUGUUGGGCAGGUCAAGUGAGGCUGGCCUCUACGCUGGAAUGUGUCGUCCCAUCCACCUACUCCUGUAAUGUUACGUGUGGACCUCAGGGAGGGACUUUGGAUGUAGGGAUGGGCAUUUGUCACUGUGAGAGGUACGUGUCAGUGGAGGAGCUGUGUAACUCUUCAUGCAUGUCCACACUACCGGUGCUCUCUGCCAGGCUGGAUACAGAGGGACAGCUGCUGUUGAGAAUCAAAGCCACAGAUGAAAGCAAAACCUGGAGCAGGAAUAUGAUAGAUGUACUAGGACCUGAUGUUCACGUCAAGAACAUUGGAAGGAUCCACUUUGUCCAGUUUUCUCCCGAGGGAGUGUUUGGUUGGAUUUUAAAAGACCCUGUGCUCAUUGACUCUUUAAUGUCAGAACCAGUUGAAAUUCUGGACAGAGAUUACAGGAGGAGAAGACAUGCUGAUCAGAAUGAGGUUCCAGCGCCUCUUCCACGAAUUCCAAAUCCCAUAGCAUGUCUGUCCCCAAAUGACAUGCUCAUCUUUCAGCUCACGAUCAACCACAUUGACCGCCACCACAGUCACUUCCCAGUAUACCAGAAGGACCACCUGUUCAGCAGUAACCCUGGCUGGGAUUUUGGGUCCUUCAGACGUCUGCAGCAUCUCGUCAUACACACACAGCUAAAUUCCAGCAGAUUUGCACAUGUGUUCAUGGAGCCGGGAAAGUAUGUGUUCCUGGAUAACGCAGUGCCGGACUGGAGUCUGAUAGUAGUCGUGAGUGAGCAGGGCUCUGAGUGUAACCCCACCACAGCCUCGUUCCAGCCCACGACCCCCGCACAGCUAGUGCGACAUGGGAUUGUCAAACAACACAGCUUAAACCUGCUUCCAGACUGGGGGCUCAUCACAGGGAUCUUGUCUCUGCUGGUGUUGUUGAUAAUACUGUUGACAGCCUCUGCUCUUGUCUUGAGGCCUAAUCGGUCCAACCUCAUCGCUCGAGGGAGGCCAAAGCCCAAGUGGCGCAGCUUGGGUGAACCCAGUGUUCCUAUUGAAUAUGUUUUUAAUACAGACGGUUUGGACGGCUCUGAGCCGCUAGGUCUGAGAGGGGUGGGAGAGGGAGCAGAAUCAGAGGAACUUGCUCUUUACAAAGGAGGUUUCAGAACUUCACUAAUGGACCUGGAGGAGUUCAAUGUGAAAACGCUGUAUGACAAGUUAGAGGAUCAGAACUUACAUCUGGCAUCCCAGCUGGCAAAGCAUCGCAAAGACACACAGGAGUUUUACAGGAACAUGUGCCAGCAAAUUGAUGCUUUGAGGGACACACUAGAAAAUAUGGAACCCUCAAAACUGAACCAGUUGAAAAAAAUACUAGACAGUGAAGCUCUGAUGAAAAGAGAAACUGCUCAUGAGCCGUGGAUGGGGCUGACGGAGGCCAUGCUGAGAUCUUUGGAGGGAGUGCUGUGCAGGAUGAAUGGGGAAGUCUGGCAGCAACAGGACAGCACAGCUAUAAAUAGCCACAGAGACAUCAGAGAGAGUGAACUUCCCACCAGAUACAUUCAGUUUUCCCCUUCAGACAUGCCCGAGUUUAAAGUGGGUGCUGAUACAGAGGCAGCUUCCUCAGAUCCAGGUCAACAGCAGAGCACCAUCCCCUGUGUGAGUGAAGAGGAACUGGCCAAGUUUGUGUCUCUGACGCCUCUCUCCAAAACACUGCAGGAGAUAAAGGAAUCUCUCCAGAUGCUUGUCCAAACGCCCAGGACUGAGGACGUAAUUAUCAGCCCAGCGGAGAGUGAACCAUCGCACCUGAUCCCUGUUGCCCUUGACAAACUUUCCCCCCAGCAUUUCGCAGUCUUCCUGUUUGGCUGCCAUGUUGCGCGUCUGUUGAGCAGAGAUUGUGACUUCCCCCCUGUCAUGCUGCUGUUGGCCAGGACGGUGCCAGUCUCGCACUGUGAUAACUUGCUGGCCUACUGUCAUAAAGACUUCUAUUAUGACACAGCCAAUCAAAUUCUGUACAUACUGGAGAAGAAGCUUCAAAAUGCUGGCCAGUUCAUCUCCAUUCUCUUGCACUCUAUGGCCUACAUAACCUCAGGUUUAAAAUCUCUCGACUUCAUAAAAGCCUUCCACUUGGCCAUAUCGACGUUAAGCAUGCAGCUGUUUCAUCAAUCUUUCACCGAAGACCAGAGGAAAGGAAAGAUGGACAAGGAAAACACACCGGAGGCCUUUGGAACAUUAGUAGAGAACUUCUUCAGUGUAAAAAUUCCUAUUGAAACCCAUUUUUCACAGCACCUGCUGGCAGAGAGACUUCAAGAAUAUAAAUACUUCAAGUUGGAACAGCUCCUGCAGGAACUAAAACCAACUCUGAAAGACAGACAUGGAGAUGGACGAGGGCAAACUGGCCUAAAGACUCAAGUCCCAGUGCUGUGUGUGGAGAGAGAAAUAAACAGACUUAAUGAAGUUUACCAGCAGCUCUCCUCUGAACUCCACAGGGCAAUGCUCAUACGUAGCCCACCGGAGAGGAAAGAGUCCAAGUUUGACAAACCGCUACAGGAGCAACAGAUAAUGCUGGAGCUGCAGAAGUGUCCGGUGGAUCAGAGGCUGAAGGAGAUGAGAGACAGACUUUCUAAACUGAGUCCUAAUGAAGACAGACCAGAUCACAGCAAAGUGCUCGCUCAGAAAGACAGCCAGACUCCCAGCAGACGUAAACCAGAGAAACAGACACCUGCCGCAGGGAAGUCUAGCAACAAGAAAAAGCAGAGCAAGCACAUGGACAAAGAUGAGGAAAAGCGUGUGACUGCGUGAGGAGUAAUGUUUGAAAAAUUCCUAAUAUAACAAGUUGCUGUACCAGCGACAAUCACUUUGGACCUUUCAGAAGUGUGAGGUCGAUAAGAUUUUAUUAUAAAUGUUUUUGAAGGGAGUCUCUUAUGCUCACCAAGGCUGCA